UUUCAUUCAUUUCAUUUCUAAGUAUUUUUUUCUUAAUGAUUGCUAAAGAAACACCAAAAACAUACUCGUACCCAUCGUACCCCACAUUUAUUAAAGAUGAUGUGUACUGACGCAAGUGUACAAGUAGAAGACGAUGCACUUAGUGAUAAAAACCUGAACGCAAUAAACCUAGAUGUGAUAUCUAGAAUAGAAAAGGAAUUGGAAGUGUACGACUUGAUUUCACUCGUGUUUCUUCUCUAUGAUGCACCAGACACAGCGUUGGACCGCCUUAUUAUACUACAACGAAUUUCUAGAGACCUUGAGGGAAGUCACUUGAAUUUAUUAUUUGACUGGGCUUUAAGCGCUCAAGGACGACCUACUUGGCGUCAGCAUUUCUUAGAAGCCCUUGCUGUGUGCCAAUUAUACAGCGUCAUCAGGAAACUGGGCUUCCAUGUCCCCACAAUAAAGAGACUUUACUCGACAAACGAAGAAAGUUCCCAUAUCAAUCCAAUGAAAAAAGUGUUAUACUAUAUUUGUGAAAACAUAACUUCUGACACAUUUGAAAACUUUAAAAAGACUUUGACUUCGUUUGAUAUGAAUGUAUUGCAAUAUGAUACUUGUGAACUUGUCCUUUUGCAACUUAUGAGUCAGAAGUUUAUUACUUUGAAGCUGCUAAAUAAUGAGAAAGGUGAAGCCACCUGUGAGUGUAAAAUUGAACAACUAGCGAAAAUAAUUGAUAGGGAACCUGAAUUAAACAAAUAUGCAAUUGUAUUGAGAAAUACAGAAAGCAAGAUGAAUGUGAAACUGGAGUCUCUUUCAACUAGUGUUGAGAAACCUUUCAAAGGUAAUUUAAAUAUAAAAGGAUAUAAUAAUACAAAAACUUGUGACUACGAUGAAGUUUUCAGUAUGAUUGAAAAGUUGAGUUUAGAAGAACCUCUGAAGUCGGAUCGGCUACCAUCAAUCAAUUUGAAUGUAAGGUAUAAAAUUACAAAUGAGAAAAGAGUGGGUUUAUGCUGCAUAAUAAACCAAGAAGUUUUCCAUCUAUCUAAAGAAAUGCAAAAUGAGAACGCAUUGCCUAGACGUGAUGGGUCAACAAAAGAUAAAAAUAUGUUGGUGAAAACUAUGCAUGGCUUGAAUUUUGAUAUUAUUACCAGAGACAAUCUAAACAGCAUUGAGAUGAUAGCGUUCAUACAGGAAGUGUUAAAGAAAGUCUUAGCUGAAGAUAGUGUGUUUAUGCUUUGCAUACUCUCACAUGGCAUUAGAGGAUGUGUGUAUGCAGCAGAUUCCAUACCAAUAAAAGUGGAUGAUAUUCAAAGUUUAGUGGAUGAAAAGCAAUCUUUAAGAGGCAAACCGAAGUUGCUAAUCCUACAAGCUUGUCAAGUUAUUGAUGCCACAGCAACAUUAGUUGCAGACAGGCCUCACAAUAUGAGAAAGACAGACUUCUUAGUUUUCUGGGCUACAUCACCAGAAUUUGCUGCUUUUAGGCUUCCUACGGCAGGGUCAGUAUUCAUCCAAAUGUUAUGUGGGAUCAUUAAUGCUAGGGAUAAAAGGGAACCUUUAUUGGAUUUAUUCACUAUGGUAAAUUACGCGGUUGUUGAAUUUUGUAGUUUGAUAGGGAUUGAACAAGUACCUAAUAUUGGUUAUUAUACUUUGAGGAAAAAAUUAUAUUUAUAAGUGUCUAGUAAACAUUGUGAGUUUCAAAUAACAGGGUUAAAAGUUUUCUUAAGCAUUUAACUGUAAGAGAAGUUAAUAGAAUUAUUACUGUCACCGAAGCCAGAGAGAAUAGAGUUAGUAGAGUAGACCAAGCUAAGUUGGCAGUGAUGUUGAUAGCAUGGAAUGUGCAAGUGUUGUUUUCAACAUCAAACUUCUAUGAAAUUAUGACAUUUCAUACUGUAAUGUAUCUGAAAAUCAUAAAAUAAAUGAGUAUAUUAAAAAAAA